AUGCAAUCCCUUUGUAGCCUCCUUUUCUAUGCAACCGUUCUCUCGGGCGCCUGGGCAUCCAAUUCAACAUGCAAAACAUCCCCCUUGGACCUUAAUUGGCCUUCUAUUGAAGAUUGGCAAGCACUCAACACUUCUAUAGGAGGAGCACUAAUCAAGACGUCCCCAGUUGCUUCGUCUUGCUAUCCAAGGAACCCGUUCAGCUCGACUACGAGCUGUGAGCUUACCACAGCAAACUGGACGUUGUCAGAAUUCCAUGCUUCACUACCAGAAUCUAUAGGUGCCCCUCUGUACGCCAAUAACUCUUGUCUGCCUCCAGGAGCAGUUGGGUAUACACAGCAGAGAGGUUGUAGCGUUGGUGGCUUACCUGAGUACGUUGUCAAUGCGACAAGCGAAAAGCAAGUGUCAACAGCAUUGGCGUGGGCUUCUCAGCGUAACAUCAGGGUCAUUGUCAAGGGUACAGGUCAUGACCUGAAUGGAAGAUCAAGUGGUGCCUACGCCUUAUCAAUCUGGACCCACAACUUCAAUAGCAUUAAUUUUGACUCCGCAUGGCCUUCCCCAGGGACCAACACUACCGCUGACGUCGUGAUUGCUGGUAGCGGCAACAACUGGAUUCGCAUUUACACCGCCGCGGAAGAUGCCGGAAGACUUGUUGUAGGUGGAGGUACAUCUACUGUAGGACUCGGCGGCUACAUUCAAGGAGGAGGCCACGGCCCCACGUCCAGUCACUAUGGCUUAGCAGCAGAUCAGAUCCUUCAAGUUCGCAUCGUUACCACCAACGGCUCCAUCUACACUGCCAAUGCUCAGCAGAACCAAGAUCUCCUCUGGGCAAUCCGUGGUGGUGGCGCAGGCCAGUAUGGAGUCGUGAUCGAAUAUGUGCUGAAAACUCACCCCGCUCCAACCAGUGCUGUUCUUGGGACACUGACACUCUCCGCAAAUGGCACAGACGAGUCGAGCAUCAAGGCGGCCUGGGACGCACUUGCCGCCCAGGUUGCUGGAACUCCAGAUCUCAUGGACGCCGGUUUGGCUGGACAAAUGACUGUAAUAUACGGGUCACAAUCAGGCGUUAUGCUCAGUGCGAUGCAAUCACUAUUCGGCUACAAUAUGACUGCUGCUACCAUGUCAUCUCUUGUCGCUCCCUUAAUCGCCAAAAUCCGUGCGCAAGGUUACAAAACCAAUGGAAGCAUAGCAAUCGACUCAUCGACUCCUACGGAGUUCGCAAAUUUCACUUCAUUUUUCCAUGCUAUAAGUCCAGAGGGCACGACCGGCAGCGCUGGGGCCGCGUCCUUGAUGUCCAGUCGCUUGCUAGGCCGAGAACAGCUGACUGACAUCUCACAAGACCGGCUCGUCGGGUACCUACAACGCGCUCUCAAGAGCCAGUCGGGGAGCGGUGGGUUCAUGAUUUUUGGCAUGCAAGGAGGAAAAGGCCCAGCUAGUGUACCGGUAGAAAUGCGAGGUGCAUUAAAUCCUUCAUGGCGCGCGGCGUACCUUCAUACUAUUACAAUGGGUGCUUCCGUUAACACCACCACGGACCCGCAAAAUAGCCUGAAUUCAGCUGCGAAGUGGGUGAAUGAGAACGAGGAGACGUUGUGGCAUGAUUGGGCUCCAGAGAUGGGCUCUUAUAUGAAUGAGGCCAACCCGUUCAAUCCUGGCUUCAAGAAAGACUACUAUGGGAGCAGCUACGAUAAACUGGCGGCGAUUAAGAAGCAGUAUGAUCCGACUGAGAGUUUGUUUGUCCUCACUGGAGUUGGAAGUGAUGAGUGGGACUAUAACUUGAUUAUGGGGAAGCUGUGCAAAAUACACUGA